AUGAGUAAAGCUGAUAGUCAGAUAUCGCCCUCCCCUUCCUUAUUCUCAAUCAACGACCGCCCCUUCCCAAAUCGACCUGCCGCCCUCGUACCUGCCAUAUCGCGGCUACGAUCACAUCACCGCACCGUUUCGUCCACCUCCACACAGCAGUCUCUGCGGCCGUACCACUCCCGCACGCCCAGCCAAUUCUCGCAGCUCUCUGUAUCGUCCGAACCAACCCUACCUGCCGAUCCGGCAUUUACCUUCCAUCCGCUACGACAGCUCUCGGCUGAGGCCAGGCGAUAUCGGCCAUCUGUGGUGGAUGUCAGGGGAAUGGUAGCUGUGGGGACGGAAAGUGGGGAGGUGUUGGUGUAUAGCUUCGCGCAGGAGCUGAAGCACACCCUCGGAACGGAUGCUACCUUCACUACGGUGCGGAUAUCGCCUGAUCAGACGUACAUCGCCGUAGGGCACGCAAGCGGGAACAUCCACCUCUGGGAUCUGGCCACGCCCACCAAACCCGCCCGUACUACCCUCGCCCUCUCUCCCGAACAGCUGAAAACUGGCCGGAAAGACGGUCACUCUCGCGGCGACGCCAUCCUCCAUAUCGGCUUCGUCGCGGCGCGUCAUACCGCCACAAUCAGCGGCGAUUCCGCAGGCAAAGUCUUCUGGUGGAGUCUCGGAAGGGUCAUGGGGAUCGAAAGCAACGAUACGAUCCGGAUCCUCGGCGGGCCGAAGCGCAGCAAGUUGUUUGCGGCGCUGCCCCUGCCUCUCGGCGAGGCGUCGCACUCGACGGACGAGGCGCAAAUUUCGGCACUGCUUACGCCUCGGAAGCUGGUGAUUGUGUGUAUGAAGCCUUCGCCGAAGACACUACAUCGACGGAUAGGGGACGGAGGGGUGGGAUGUGCGGCAUGGCUGAGACCUGGAGAGCUGAGUGCUACCUCAGAUCCAGUACUGGCGUACUCGUGGGACGCGCAGCUGCAUUUCCUGCGAGUGCCGUCUUUUGUCGAGAGCAGGUCUUAUGAGACGUCGAGUCCUAUCUUGGCGUUGCAGUGGUUUGACGCGAAUCACAUACUUCUCGUGCUCCAGGCGUCAAUACUCCUACUCGACGUUCGGACAAAUAAUGCCGUUGAGGACGUCCCAUUCCAGACGGCCAUGGUGCAGAACAUGUCGGUCAGCACGUACAAGGAGAAAGUGUUCAUUCUUACCAAGAGCUCUCUUCAAGCUGGAACGCUUAAACACUGGAAUGACAAGAUCCUCGCCUGCGUCCACAAAGGCGACUUUCUCGGCGCCAUCCACCUCGCUAUCGCAUACUACAAAGGUACCGCCUCCGGAAAUCUCAUCACUGUCCCGGACCGGCCGGCCAUUGCAGACCGGAUUCGUGAGCUCGUCACUGCGUCCAUCAAAUGGGCGUUCUCAGAGGACCGGAUGCGGGAUGAUACCCACUACAGCGCGGACGGGCGCGGGGUCGACCUGACGAGCCUUUUUGAGGGGCUUGCUCAGAGCUCGGUGGAGGCGUAUCUUGCCAUCCAGGAUACCGAACUCCUCGAGUCCACGUAUGAGGCGUUCGAGCGGGUCGGGAUCCAGGGAAUCUUCCUGCGACACCUGGAACCCCUCAUCCUCGAUAAUCAGCUGCAGCAGGUCCCGCCUGUCAUUGUCAAGGCGCUCAUCGGGUUCCACGCCGACAAUGCGGAAUACGACCAGGCGGAGGCGGUUAUCUGGAGUGUUGACCCAUUCGCGCUGGACAUCAACCAGGCGGUGACGCUAUGCGAGGAGCAUAGUCUAUGGGACGCGCUCAUCCACAUCUACACGAGAGCGCUCCUUGACUAUGUGACCCCCAUCACCAAGCUGCUGGGACCCAACAUGGACCCGACGCUGGUAUAUGCGUACCUUGAGGCUAUCCUCUCGGGCGUGUCGUACCCCAGUGGCGAGACUCUGCCGGACGCCGCCCAGGCCCAAGCUACCGUCUACGAGGCCAUAUUCGGCGACUACCUAUCACAUCUCCUUGCCAAUACGGAACUCUUCCUCCAUGUCCUCGACCUCGCUUUCGAGCAUCCCUUCCUCAAUGACAACCCAUCCAUAAGUCGUCAGGCAAUCAUCAACACCCUCCUCGACCGGGCGUCCUCGAACCUCUUUGUCCAGAUUUUCGUCUCGCGCAAUCUUCCAAAAUACCCCCAGUUCAUCACUCUCCCACCGACGACGCUGGACCGGCUCCUCCGGAAUCUGGCGCAAAGGGAGGAUGAGGAUACUCGGGAGGACCGCCAGAUGGCCGUCGAGUACUUGCUGUCUGCGUACAGACCGCACGAGUACGAGAGUAUCCUCCGGCUAUUCGAACAGGCGGGGUUCACGCGAAUCCUCCUGCGGUAUUACCGUAGCGAGAGGAGAUGGACGGAGGCGGCGAAAGUGACGAUCAGGGAAGGGGAUCAAGAGGUGUUCUCCACUCUGAAAGACAUCUUUGGGGAGGACCGGGCGAGCACAAGCGUGCUCGAGGAAUCGGUCGAUAAGCUACUGCGGAUCGAUACCGCCCAGACGGCGAUCGUGGUCGACAAGUGGGCGCCUGCGCUGCAUGACACCGCACUGGGUAGUCUGGAGGAGAUGGACCAGCUCCUGUACCUCCAGACUCUGCUCGAGCCGGAUCAUAGCUCGCUCAAUCGGGAGCAACGGCACCAGUACGUCUCGCUCCUGCGGCGGUACAAUCGUGACCAUGUCAUUGACUAUCUGGAGGCGGCGAAGGACAUCGAUGUAGGGCGCAUAGGCGUAGAGUGCGAGCGGGACGGCUUCGUCGAGGGGCAUUUGUGGGCUCUGUCGCGUCAAGGGGAUCCCCAGACAUUCACCAUCGCGGGCAACAUCAUCCGUCAGCAAGGGGCGGACCUCGGCCGGGCGGUCAUAGACGGCAACUACGAGCACAGUCUCCAUCAGCUCGAAGAUGUCUCCCGGAUGGCCAUACGUCUCGCCAACAAGCAGCCAACGGAAGAUACCUGGUUCGCCAUCCUUCAACCCAUGAUCGAGAUCAUCCAAUCCAUCUCUGCCAUCGACAAAUCCGUCUCUACCCACCUCCGGGCUCUCGUGCAAUCUACCUUCCUCCAUCUCCUAUCCUCAGGCAUAUCCUUCCCCCGGCUAUUCAAGCGGCUCGUUGACGAAACGUCGGGAAACAAGACGUCCUAUGCCGAAUUCAGGACGAUCCUGACGGGCAUGCUGGAGUCGUAUCGGUCAGAAGGGGAGAUGCUGCUCAUGAGCAAGCGCUUGAUGGAGGCGGAUCUGUUCGGAGCGGUGGAGGAACUGAGCAAGAAGAGGCAGUGUGGGUGGAGCCCGAUGUCGAGGGUAUGUAGGUGUGGGGAGGAGGUGCAGCAAGGGGUACUUUUAGGGUCGGGGCAGAUGGCUCAUGAGCGCUGUAGGGCGUGA